ACAUAAUCCUUGGAUAUGGGUUUUAACAUUUUCUUUCGCUUUGUUUUGCAGUUUUUCCCCAAGAAGGGAGGUACACCAAGGAAAAAUGAGAUCGUUUUCAUUUCUCCAACAGGGGAGGAGAUUAAUAAUAGAAAACAAUUGGAGCAGUACUUAAAAUCACACCCUGGUAACCCUGCAAUAUCAGAGUUUGAUUGGAGCACUGGUGAAACCCCUAGGAGAUCAGCAAGGAUCAGUGAAAAGGUCAAGGUGGCUCCGGCACCAGAGAGUGAGCCUCCCAAAAAAAGAGGCCGAAAAUCAUCAGGUUCAAAGGACAACAAAGUGGAAGCUGCUGGUGGAGAAGUUGAUGGUACGAAUGAAAUUCAAAUGAAAGAUGCAGAGGUAGCUGAGAAGAGAGAUGCAGAAGCUGAGAAAGAGAAAGAUGUGGAAGCAGAGAAAGAAAAAGAUGCCGACGUUGAGAAUGAUGAUAAGAAAACUCAAGGCGAGGAGAAAAAUGAAGAGAAAAAUGUUGUAACAGAGGAUAAAGCUGCUACUGAGGUAACUAAAAACAACAAAGAAGAGUUGCCACAAGCAGGGGAAGAACAAGCAAAUGGAACUAGCGGCAAAAAACAGGAUGACACAGCUGCUGUGACUGUGGAAGAAAAUGGGGCUGCGGAGAAAGAGAAUGUGGAUGCAGCAGCACCUCAUACGGAGGAAGAGAUCAAAGGGAAUAACGAUGGAGCAGAGAACAGUGGAAAAUGCAAUGCUGAAGCUGACGAGAAAAUCAAGACCAAGGAUGGGAAGGUUGUUGAAAAUGGCAAGGCUGAGCAAGUGGUGCAAGCUGAUGCCCCACAAAAUCUACAGACCCCUCCAUUGAGCAGCUGAACGUAUCUACCACCUUUCUAGUGAGCUGUUGAAUGUGCUGUACUACCAUUUAUCGCACUUAGGAUUCUGUGACAUCCAUUUAACCCUUUUUUUUUUUUGCCCUCCCUUGUUACAGUAACUCCGGGAGUUAAGGAUGA